UGGAGUCUAAGAAUGCCUGGGGCACCGAAGGGUAAAAAGACUUCAAGGUCAUAUAGCAAGUAUGUCCCAGAGGCUGGAUUUGAAAUCAGAUCAUAACUCAAGCCACAGUUGUCUAUCCACCUCUCCAUGCAGCUUCUUGCUUUUGCACAAUAUUGUACUAAAUUCAUAUUAAAUCCAAAAAGCUUUUUAUUAAGCAUCUAAAUGCAAGUUAACUGUGAUAGGGAUACUAAAGCACAACAGCCAGUCUUCAAGGAGUUAAUCUUGUUUAUUGGACUGAACUAAAAAUAUCUUCCAUUUCUUAGCAGUGGGAUCCCCAAAUUCCCAUAGACCUGAAAGAUCACUAAGUCCACCGACAAGACAGAGGCAUCCAAUGAAAGAAGUGGGGGAUUUGCAGGUGUAGAUCCAAGCAGCAAACUUGGAGACCGAUAACCAAGACUGAAGACAGCGAAGGCCGGGAAGAGGGGGAAGGUCUGGUGGAGAAGUCUGGGAAACUUUCAAGCUACUUUCCCCGCGAGAUUUGGCUGGGAAUGCUCGGGCUGGUGUGGCCUGGAGGAAGACCCAAAAGUGAACGAGUUAGGUGGCGGUGAGGUUUAGGCGAAGGAGACGGCAGCCCAACCACAGAAAACAAGCUAUAAUGCAGACGCAAUACUAUACUGCGGAGUCCUCCGAGUCCCCACACUACCCUCAUCUGGACGCCUUUCCUGCCUUUCUAGCCCAGAGCAAGCUAAUCUCAAUGGUGAAUCCGAACUGGGCCGGACUACCCCUAAACCCCACCUGCCUUGUCUAUAUCACGUGACCCAGCACUCUCCUAUCAGAAAGACGGAAUUCGAGUGCGGACGUGGCCGGAGGAUGCUCUCAUUGGAUGGUUCCGAAGGAAGGUGGGGCCAGAGCGCAGCUAGGGGCCCCCUAGGGGAAGUGAGUGGCAGCGGGUGGAACUACGUGCAGUGGUGGCAGCUGCAGUGGCUCCGAGACUUCUAGACACCGAGUGGAAGUGACGGACCCCAAGCUUGGCCUCGGCCCUUGCCCCGCAUACGGCCCGGACAUGGAUCCUGCCAGCCAAGAUAUCAACCUGAAUUCUCCCAACAAAGGUCUGCUAUCAGAUACCAUGACUGAUGUGCCUGUGGAUACAGGAACUGCCAGGACCUCCAUUUCUGAGGGCUUGACAGAGGCAGAAGAAGAAGAGCUCAGAUCUGAACUCACUAAGGUGGAAGAAGAGAUUGUGACAUUACGGCAGGUCCUGGCAGCCAAAGAAAGACACUGUGGUGAGCUGAAGAGGAAGCUGGGCCUGACUCCUUUGGAUGGACUGAAGCAGAAUCUUUCAAAGAGUUGGCAUGAUGUUCAGGUCUCCAAUGCCUAUGUGAAAACAUCUGAGAAACUUGGAGAGUGGAAUGAGAAAGUGACACAGUCUGACCUAUAUCUUUCAGCAAGCAGCACAUUGGAGGACUGGAGUGAGAAAUUAACCCAUUCAGAAGCUUACAAGAAGACUCAGGAAACUCUUUCCCAGGCAGGACAGAAGACUUCAGCUGCUUUGUCCAAUGUGGGCUCUGCUAUCAGCAGGAAACUUGGAGAUAUGAGGGCUCAUCCCUUCUCACAUUCCUUUAGCAGCUACUCCAUUCGUCAUUCAAUAAGUAUGCCAGCUAUGAGGAAUUCUGCAACCUUCAAGUCUUUUGAAGAUCGAGUUGGGACCAUAAAGUCCAAAGUCGUCGGUGGCAGGGAGAAUGGCAGUGACAACCUUCCUUCACCAACAGGAAGCAGUGACAAAACUCUGCAGGAUCAUGCUCCAUUCUAGACCCUUUUGGAUUUUUAAUCUCUGCCACAGAAUGAGUUCAAGAACCCUCUCAAUUUGUCAUGAGCAGCUCUGAGAAAAAAAAAACCAAUAUAAUGACCAUUCAAACCAGGAAAUGGACAGAAUCCAAUUUUGAGAAUCAUAUUCAUGCAUAAAUAGACACUUGCUGCUGGAUUUGAGUAAAAUAGAGAACAAAAAAGUUUUGUACACAGAUAUUUUACACUAAAGUUUAUAGGUAAAAUGUAUCACUGUGCUAUUCUUCUGGGGGGGUACAUUUAAAUGGACAGAACUUCCUCAUUGGGUAUAGAAGCCAAAGCAUGAAUUCCAUUUGAAAAACACUAUAGCUUAGUUGAAUGCUCAAAUAGAUUUUUGUUUGGGAAUGAAAAGAAGUAUAAUUAUGAACCAAACUUUUUGAAAAUGUUAUUUUUUUUCUCCUUUCAGUUUCUGAAAGUUCCUAUAAAUAACCUAGAAGAUUCUAACUAGCUCAUUUUUUCCCAAAAAAAAUUUAUUAUUAAGAUAUGAAACUGUCCAUUUUUCUGUGCCUUCCAGAAAGAAGAUUUUAAUUAGCAGUUGCCUGGUUGUUACACUAAUGCUCAAGCUUUAACAAGACAAAAUCUUUAUUUUUUAAAUGCAGUGGACUUUUCAAAAAUCAAAAUGAAGCAAAGCAGCUUUUGCCUCAUAUUAGGGAAAUAUUAUCUUGGAAAUCUGAAGCCGAAAUGCAAGCCUUACAUCACCUUAUGCUUUACUUGUUUAUAAUCUUUUUAUAUAAAGAACUUAAAGGUUUUAAAGCUGGGUUUUGAGCACUGUGUGGUUUUGCAUUUAACCCUCAUGGCAGCAUGCCUGUGCCAGUUUGUGUGUUUAUUUAGCUUACUCUUUAACUUCAUUUGAGUGUAUGAAACUUGCUUCUCUGUUCUCCUCUGAAUUGCUGUAGCAGCUCCUAGCAGGUCCCUGCCUUUAGCUAAUCAGCUCAAAGGCUUCUAGCCGGCAAGGAAUAUCAUAACUAGAUGAGAGAUAAACCUCAAUCUUAAACAACAUUUAAGGGACAACAACUCAUCCCCGUCCUACUGGCUAUUCUACUCUGAAUAAGCCCAAAUGAUUGUACAUUAUUGGUCAGUAAAUCUGAACCGGCCAUUGUUUACAGUAGAUAUGAAUGCAGAAAAGACUUAAUUUGAAGUAGGACUGGACCUUCCCCCAAGACAAGCUGGAGAUCGAUGGAGAGUUGAUUUGGAUUAGCAGGAAUUUGUCUUGGGUUUUUGUUAACUUUCUAAUAUCAAUAUUUUUAGAAGCUCUGAAACUUUUUUUUCCCUGUUUUUAAAAUGAUGCCAUUUGUCAUUAUUUCUCAUGGCAAUUGCCCUGCCUAGUGUGAGCAUGAUUUUGAGGGUGAAGUUUUGUGCCUUAUUGGCUCUCAGCAGUGGGAUUAAAAUCUGUUUGCUUGUAUACAUAUCAAUAAAAUCUCGCUGGCUGAAGGAAUACUCCCUCCAGCCCAAGAUAACUCUAUUUUGUUCAGCCUUAAUGUUCUCCCUACUCUAGAGAAGCAAGUUCUGAUACAUCAGUAUCUGUUUAUCAAUCCUAGGGGCUGUAUUCCACAAGAUGUUAGGAGACAAAUGAAGAAGAAAACAUACUGUGUAGUGUCCUUUUAUCAGGUUUUAUUAUAUGUGGCUGAAAUUGUUUUGGGGAACACUAAGAAGCAGGAGGUUGAAGGAAUGGUAACUGAUCUUCUCCUUAAGCUGAAUGUUGGAUAUUUGUCAAUAAAUUAUUUCUUUCAGGGUAAAAGAAAAACUGAGUUUAUAUGACAGGUUUUUUUGUUUGUUUUACAGGGGGAGAUUUGAAUUUCUGAAUCUUUAGCAGAAAUACUAAUGAUCAAAUGUCCAGUAUUUUUGUGUUAUUGUUAUGUUGUGGAGGAUAAAAAUGUUCUUGCAGGCUAUACAGCUAUAAAUGUAAUUGGGUUAUUCAGUUGAAGAUUUAGUAAAUAGUUCUUAAAUAUGGUUCUUUUAAAUCAUUAGGAAUACUAUAUUAUUGAUAAUAAUAGAUGCGCUUUAAAGUUCAAAAAGUUCUACAUGUACUUUCUCAAUUGAGUUUUGCAACAACUUGGACCCAAAUCAACAUGCCUUUGUAGAUUUCUCCUAAUGUAUAAGUUCAUUCAAUUGCAGGAUGGAUGGACCAAAAUAGUUUAAAGUAUCAAAGAAUAAGAAUCAAAGAAUUGCAUAGAAUUGUAAGAAUAUUCAGUAAUUAUCUAGUUCAACCAGUACUUGAAGAAGAAAUCCCAUAACAUAGUAAGUAAAAUGGUCAUCUAACUUUUUGGUAGAAAAGAUGAUUUUUUAAAAAAAUAACUUUUUAUUGAUAGAACCCAUGCCAGGGUAAUUUUUUACAACAUUAUUCCUUGCACUCACUUCUGUUCUGAUUUUUCCUCUCCCCGAGAUGGCAAGCAGUCCUUUACCUAUUAAAUAGGUUACAGCAUAUCCUAGACACAAUAUAUGUGUGCAGAACCGAACAGUUUUCUUGUUGCACAGGGAGAAUUGGAUUCAGAAGGUAUAAAUAACCCGGGAAGAAAAACAAAAAUGCAAGCAGUUUAUAUUCAUUUCCCAGUGUUCUUUCUUUGUAGCUGCUUCUGUCCAUCCUUGAUCAGUUGAAACUGAAUUAGCUCUCUUUAUCGAAGAGAUCCACUUCCAUCAGAAUACAUCGAUUUUUUUAAAGUUACUUUCAGUUGUAAAUCCCAGGAUUUACCUCUGAAGGCAGCUUCUUCCACUUUGAGGAAAUUAAGAAGUUUUUCUUGACAUUAAGCCUAAAUUUGCCUCCUUGCAAAUUCUACCUAUUGUUCCCAGUUCUCUCCUCUGGAGCCCAUCAGAAUAAGUCUAAUCUCUUUUCCACAUGAUAACCCUUAAAAAUACUUGGGGAAAAAAACUACCAUAUCUUCCUUUCCCACCCACUCAAUAAAUUAAACAUGCCAACUCCUUUAAUCUUCAUAUAGCAUAGAUUUAAUGCCUUUCAUUAUUCUGGUUGUCCCCUUCUGGACAUUUUCCAGCUAAUAAAAAUUCUUAAACUGUGAUGCUCAGAAGUAAAUACAGUGCUCCAGAGAUUUUUGACAAAGGUAGAUUACAGCAGUAGUAUUCCUUCCCUGUUCCUAAAAACUAGAUCCUUAUGCAGCCCAUUUCCAUUAAAGCUUUUUUAGCUGUCACAUCAUACUGUUGACUCAUCUAAAUUGUAGUCCACUAAAACCCCUAGAUCCUUUUCAGAAUUUAUCCAUCUUUCUCCUGUUUUAUAUUUGUGAACUUUUUAAAAUACCAAAGUAUAAGUUUACAUUUCUCAGCAUUGAAUUUCAUCUUAUUAUAAUAUUUAGUCCAAUGCUGUAGUCCUUCAGGAUUCUUUUGGAGGCUGUCAUCCACUGUAUUAGCUAUUCCUCCCAGCUUUGUAUGUUCACAGAUUUGACAAGCAUAUCAUUGAGAUAAAUAUUAAAUGGCGCAGGGAUACUGAGUAUAAAUCCCUGGGUGCUUAGGAUUCUAUGAUUCUGUAAAAUGAUGUAAUUUCAACUUCUUUUUGAGACCUUCUUAUGGUAACAGUGAACCAUUAGCAAGUAUUCUUGGAAUUAUUUGAGUGUAUUAAUGUCUAAUCCAGCUUCUUCACAUGAGUAAUAUACUUUAUCAAAAAAUUUACUAGAAUGUACAUAAACUAUGUCCCAAAUAUACCCCUCAUUUACUAAUUUAGUAAUCCUAAUUUCCUUUUUAAAAAUUAAUAAGUGAGGGUGAAGAAAAUAGAAAAUAGCAGGGUGGUAGAACACACAAGAAUAUGUGCUUUAAAGCUGAGGCAGCCUCUGUAAUCAAAGAAUGAAGGGAGGAGUUUGAUACAUAAAGCUCAAAAGUCAAGAGACCAAAAAGCUGAGAAACUAUCUAAGGAGAGAAACAUUUCAAUUUCUUUUUCAAUACUAAGAUUUGCUUCUAUCUGUGAAUUGUUCUUAAAGCUACAUCAACUGCCAAAGUGAAAUGAUAUAAACACCAGCUGGCUCAAUUGUAUGAGAUCCUUGCCUACACUUGCUAGAAGCCUAUUUCCAAACAACCUACUUAAUGGUUAAUAAGCAAUGAGAUAGUAUGAGUGAAAACUGAUUUAGAAUCACUGUUCUUGCUAACUAAUACUUUGAACCUUUCCAUAUGUUCAGAUUACUUGGGACAGGGGCAGCUAGGUAGUGAAGUGUAUAGAGCACCAGCUCUGAAAUCAGGAGGACCUGAGUUUAAAUGUUGCCUCAGACACUUAACACUAAGCUGUGACCCUGGGCAAGUCACUUAACCCCAAUUGCCUCAGGGGGAAAAAUUACUUAGGACAAAAUAAUUUAUUGACAUAAAAUAAACAUUACAUUUUUACAUUUUAAACAUGCAAUAUAUCCUUUUAUCAAAAUCACUUGUUUUAUGCAACUAAGCAUUGAGUUCACAAGAUUUUAACAUUCUAAUUCAUUUUUCAACCAUCCUCUUGUUAUAUUGGAUAUUAAGCUUACCUUUGACAAAUAUUAACUUUUUCCAAGCCUACCCUUUAUUAUAGCCCAUACAUUUUCAGUAGGGUUUAAAUCAAGGGUAUUCUCAGACUACAAAGACAUGUUAAUUCUAUCUCUUGGAUUAAUUUCUUAAUCUUUCAUGAAUUAUGGCAUGAUGCAUGAUCCUUUUAUAGUACUUGUAAAUAUUUGCAGCAUUUAUGUCCAUUUAGGAAUUUCUGUAAUUCUAGGACAAUUCUGCUUUUCACUAUAUCAUUAUAUAAGAGUUCAUCUCACUGGAGAAAAGACUUCCAGAUCCACAAGAAAUAAAAAAUUCCAAAACUUU